AUGAAUGCCGUUGCUGGGACCGGUGGUGUUGAGGCCUCCCCUGCCUAUGGUGGAUUCCAAGAUGCCGCUCUGCUUGAGCUUGACACAACAGCUAUGCUGGCGGAUUGUGUCAAGAAUGUCACCGCCAUUUUCCCCAACAUCUGUCCAGACUAUGUCACAAAGCUCACCGGCGAAAAUGGUUACAGUACCCCGGCCGUUAUUGACGCACUGCUCGAGCUACAGGAGAAAAGUUCUGCGUACCCUCAGAAGUCUUUGAGUCCAAACCCUCGGAAGCGUAAGCGAGCAGACGAUUUUGUUCUUGACUUGCUCACAAAACCGCUAGGAGACGUUUCUGCUGCCGAUGUCGAAACGCUCCAGAAUCACUUCAACAGCGUCGAGUGGCGCAACUGCACUAUCCCCUUCACCGCGUAUCGGAAGCUGAGCCAUGACGCUCUUAUACAUGCCUUCCCCGAUCUGUCUAGUUAUCGUGCGUACCAAACUUUGGCCGCUUGUCACCACUCUCUUCUACAGGCGUAUAGUGUUCUCACUUGCCAAGACCGGAUUGGCACCGUUGAGUCAUUGCCUAAAAAAGAUCGGCCUCUUCGCGACCAGGACGAGCUUGGCGACAACUUUGACUACGCCCUGAAGAUCGCUGCACCAUCCGACCAUGACUACAACAUUGCGCUGGAGAUCCAGGCCGCUAGGCGUAUUCGAGCAUGCUUGACCAAGAAGCCGAAUCGCCAAGUUGCCACAAGUACGGGCGCUACUAGGGAUGAAGAAACUCCCAUCCCGACGUUGGAAUGCGCCUGUUGCUAUGAUGACCAUGCCGCCGAUCGCAUGGUCAGCUGCGAUGGCGACGUUGAGCAUUUCUUUUGUUAUGACUGCGCUCGGAAGCAGGCGGAGACGCAGAUCUCAGUCUCGCGCUAUGAUCUAAGCUGCAUGGCAAUGGGAGGAUGCGCAGGCAAGCUACCUGUCACUCAACGCAGCCUAUUCCUCAGCGCCAAGACGUCCGCUACCUUGGAUCGCCUCGAACAGCAAGCCUCCAUACGCAUGGCUGGUUUAGACGACCUGGCUUCUUGCCCAUUCUGCCCCUAUGCUGCAGAAUGUCCUCCACCGGAGACGGAUAAGGAAUUCCGCUGCGAGAAUCCCGAGUGCGGAAUCAUCAGUUGCCGUCUUUGCAAUAAGAAGAGCCACGUUCCAAUGUCCUGUGAGGAGGCCGAGAAGGAGAAGGGCUUCUCGGCCCGCCGCGAGAUCGAGGAGGCUAUGUCCGCGGCAGUGAUCCGAACAUGUAAUAAAUCUGCAAGGAAAGCCGUUCUCGAGGAGCACCCCGAACUUGAUGAGACAACUCUACAAAUCAAAAUGUCUGACAAGGUAACCGGGACCGAGGCCGGCAAGGGUAAAGCGAAACCAAGGCAAGCGCCCCGGGCAGCACCACGGCGCCGGGGUCGCAACCGUGCAGUGCCCAUUCCUGAAAUUCCGAAUGCCGAACUCAAUGCCAAUGUUGCAGAGUUUACGGGCAACUUUGCAGGGCCUGUAAAUGCCAACCCCCCGCCGACAGUUCCUUUUGUUCCUUUCCCCGUUGCGAGACCGAAUAUCGCAGGAGUCAUGGGGACCACGGGAUUUCACUACGGCGCGUCUCUUCAGCCGGGUGUUCAGCCGCUUGGGGGUUACAACGUACCAGGCAUGGCCCGAUUUCCGGAGGAAACUCGCAUCGAUCCGUUAGCCUACCUUGGCCAGUUUGGCGAAGGCCUCGGCCAGGUUCCCACGGAUAGACAGGGUCAGAUUGGCGCUUUUAGAGACGCUGCCAUGCGAUUCUGGGAUAUCCAAGGCGAGCAAGGAGCACCAAUGUUGCCUCAUGUUCCCCUUCGGCACGGGAAUCAAAAUCUUACUCAAGGUGCCGUGGGAGCUGCGGGAGCUAACGCACCCGGAGCUCCUCGACCCCUUCAACCUCCUUUGCAGGGUGGACACAUACAGGCCAUGGGGCAAGAACGAGUAGCCGCUAUUCCCAUCCGUGCACCUAACCAGGCUGCUGCAAACCCUAUCUGGCCUAUACUUCAACCCGUGAUGCAGCAGGCGAGACGCCGCCCGCAAGAACGAGCAACCGGUAUUCCGGUGUUGCCGAGGCCAGCAGCUACCGGGGCUCUCUGGAAGGCCGGUGCUUCACGAGAACAGCCUAUCAUCAUCGACGACGGCGAUGAGGGCGUCGGCAUGAUAGAGGCGCCUCAUGCGACGUGA